AAAAAAAGCAUUUUCCUCCUUAUAAAAAGGCAGCAAUUCUCAAACCCAUAAAUUUAUUGCUACUCCAUUUUCGAUUUUUUGUUAUACAAAAUAGAAACAACCAAAUGGAUUUUCUCCAAUUCCUGGCAAUCUUCCUUGUCACAAUCCUGUUGAUUAGAACCAUUAUUAACGUAUUCAAACCCAAUCACCUACCACCAAGCCCCUUUGGUCUACCCAUUAUAGGCCAUUUGCACCUCGUCAGCCUUCCCACACACCGUUCUCUACACAAACUUUCCCUUCGAUAUGGAUCCAUUUUCUCAAUCCGUCUUGGGUCGAUCCCGGGCGUCGUCAUCUCAACGCCGGGACUCGCGAAGGAGUUCCUCAAAACCAAUGAGCUCUCUUUCACCUCCCAUAUCAACACCAUCGCCAUCUCCGCCACCAGCAACGACUUCUCGAUGUCGUUUUCGCCCUACGGACCCUACUGGAAGUUCAUCAAGAAGCUGGUCAUGAACGAGCUACUCAGCAGCCGAUGCGUCGGCAAUUUCCUACCGUUUCGCACCGAGGAAUACCGAAGGUUUUUCAGAUUUUUAGCAGCGAAAUCGGAGUCCGUAGAGGCCGUUAACCUUUCGUUGGAGCUGAGAAAGCUGACAAACAGAUUAGCAUCGAAGAUGAUACUGGGAGUGGACGUGGAAGACAUGUUGGAGGAGAUUAGGACCGCAAUACUUGAUACGGGACAUGUUGUUGGCGGCUUCAAUUUGGCAGAUUUUUUUUGGUUUUGUAAAGGAUUUGAUCUUCAGGGAUUUGGGAAGAAGAUCGAGUACGUCAACGCUAGGAAUGAAUCUUUGUUUGAGAAGAUCAUUUGUGAGCGUGAAGAUUUGAGGAAAAAGUACAAGGAAGAUGACAAGGAGAUAAAGCUUAAGAGUUUACUGGACGUUUUGCUCGAUGUUUCUGAGGAUGAGAAUGCUGAGAUAAAAAUUACAAGACUUCAUAUCAAAGCCCUUCUUUUGGAAUUCAUGAAUGGCAGUACAGAUACAAUGGCCAUGACAGUAGAAUGGGCAAUAGCAGAGAUGAUCAACCAUCCACAGGUGUUUGAGAAAGCAAGGGACGAGAUCAAUCGAGUGGUGGGGAAGGACCGGUUAGCUGGAGAAUCAGACGGUUCAAAUCUUCCAUACAUCCAAGCCAUCGUAAAAGAAACACUAAGGCUACACCCGACAUUUCCUAUCCUCAUGAGAAAAUGUGUACAAGAGUGUCAAAUAGGUGGAAAAUACAUAAUCCCUGAAAACACUACUCUAUUUGUAAACGCUUGGGCCAUUGGAAGGGAUCCGAAUCAUUGGGAAAACCCGUUAGAAUUUCGACCCGAAAGAUUCUUACCACAACAAGUUGAGAUUGAUGGGGAGAAGAUGAACACAGGUUUUGUAGAUGUUAGGGGACAACAUUUUCAAGUGCUGCCAUUUGGGUCUGGUAGGAGGAUGUGUACGGGCAUGAGUUUGGCAAUGUACAUUUUGCCAGGUUUGGUGGCUGGUUUGAUCCAAUGCUUUGAUUGGAAGGUGGGGAGCGAGAAGAUGGAGCGUGAUGAUAAUAUUGUUUUGGAUAUGGAUGAAGCCCCUGGAGCCAGCGCUCCACGGGCUUAUGAUCUUGUUUGUGUUCCAGUGGCACGCUUCGUUCCUUAAUUAGGAGGCAUGCAUAUAUUUCAGUUUUAUUGUGGAGUAUGAUAUCAUCCAUAUGUUGAGGCUGUUGUCAGUGGAGGAUAUUGUAAUCUGCAAAUACUAAGUUAUCUAGGAGUUUAUGUACUAUUUUUCUUCUUACUUUCACAAAUUUUAUGUUUUGGAAACUAUUGUACUUUUAAAUGUGGAGUAGUAGUCCUCAGUCUCUCUUGCUCAAGCCGUGUAGGUUAACAAGUAUGAGUGAUUGCUUACAUUUUAUAAUAAACUGCCUUUCCUUUUUUUUU